AUGCAAUUCUCCAAGAUCUCCGGCGCAACUGCCGCUCUCCUCAUCUCCAUGAUCUUCGCUUCCCCCAUUGCUCUUACCUCCGAUGUCGUUCAGCACAGUGGAUCCCACGUUAAACCUACCGGCCCCAUCGAACACUCCUUCAAGAUCCACCCUACCGGUUCCUUCACUGCUAAUGAAUCCGUCCCCACCGGCACAGAAGAGGAGGAAUCUAAAUUCACCAUCAACCCAUCUGGUGGUAAGAACGAAGUCCACCACUUCCGACCAUCUGGUGUCGAGUCUCACGAUGGUUCCAAACCAACUGGCCUUGCAUCCAAAGUCCACGAUAGUAGCCACGCUAAGCCAACUGGUCAUUUCUCUAAAAGGGCUGUUGAAACCGAUAUUCUUGAAGGUGCUAUUGUGAGCAAAUCCCGUAAGGCAAAGCCUACAGGAAGUACAGUUCACGGAUAUGACAGUGUUCAUACGCAGCCCACUAGUGGAAAGAAAGAACAUGCCCAUCCUUCUAAAAUCCCUGUCUUCAAAGAUGAGAAACCACAUGAGAGUGGUCAAGCCAAGGUAUCUGGAAAGGGAAGAAAGGAGCAUAAGAGUGGAUAUAUCAAACCCACUGGAGCUAAAGAGCAUAAGUCACAUGAAAGUGGACAUGCUAAGACAUCUGGAAAGAACGGAAAGAAAAAUGAGUCCACUUAUGCUAAACCUACUGGAACAAAAGAGCAUUUUGCUCAUCAAUCCGGCGAUGCUAGACUUUCUGGUGCUAAGGGACACUCCCAGGUUCACGAGUCGAGCUAUGGUAAGCCUACUGGGCAUAAGGAACCAGCUCGUGCUUUUGAGAGCGGACACGUCAAGCCAACUGGUACUCACGAAAGUGGACAGACCAAACCAACUGGUAAAAAUGGCAAAGAUCACGAGAGUAAAAUAGCGAAGCCAACAGGCAAGGGAACUAAAGAGCACCAAUCCGGCCACGCCAAACCAACCGGUAAAGGAGGUAAAGAACACCAAUCUAAACACAUCAAACCUACCAGCACUAAAAAUCAUUCUCGAGCGCACGAAUCCGGUCACGCCAAACCGUCCAAUCAGAAGGAAUCCGCUCGGGCUAUUGAAAGCGGUCAUGCUAAACCUACUGGUGUGCAUGUGCAAAAGCCUAAAUUCACGAGUACAAUUGAGAUUGAGAGUAAGAUUUAUGAAUUUAAGACUGAGACGAUGACGUUUGGAAGUAAGACAUUUGUCGUUACGGGGGUUUUGCCUGAGGAGACGGGAAGGGUUAAUCUUCUUUAG